AUGGUGAAAAAAAUGGACAGGAUAUCCGAGUUGCCGAAAGACGUAUUGCGCAAGAUACUAUAUUUCCUGUCGCAAGAGGAAGCUGCUCGAACCUCGAUCUUGUCCAAACCAUGGCGUUACAUUUGGUGCACACGCCCGAAUCUUGAUUUUUCAUAUGCGCCACCUCCGAGGGAGGGAAACAAUUCUCACGGCGGCGUUCGAAAUAAAAUAAAUAAAGAUGAAUUUCUAUCGAUUGUCGACAAUGCUUUACGGCGAUGCCAUGAUCAAAAUGUGUGCGUGGAGGAAUUUCGUCUUUCUACAUCGCUCGGCGAUUUGGAUCACGAAUCCGUUUCGUUUCUCGAGAAGUGGGCCGAGUUAUUAUCAAAUAUGGGUACGAAGAAAUUCGAUCUCUCUCUUCUCUCGGAUCACGCCCCGGGUCGGGUCGAACUGCCACCGGUCGUGUUUGGAUCCGAAUCUCUCCAACGUUUGCAUGUGGAAAGAUUCGUGUUGGAUGAAAAGGCUAUUGAAAGAUUAGUACCCCUCAAGCAUCUAAAAUCACUUAGUCUCCAAGAAAUAGUAAUUCAGGACGAGGUCGUUUUCGGAAAAAUAAUCGCGAAUUGUCCCUUGAUCGAAAAUUUAGAUGUUCAAGGACUCGUAACCUCGAAUAUAAUUAAGGUGGAUGAUCUUCGCAAUCUCAAGAAAUUGAAAUUCCAUUCCGACGUGUUGCGUCUAAAAUCCGGCGAGCAACUUUGCAGCAUCGAAAUCCAUCGCCCGUCGUCUCUCGAAACCCUAAAAAUCCAAACGGGCAAUAUUUCGUUGAACAAAGGAGCCGAAUUUCUUAAUCUGAAGAAAUUAUAUCUCUCGUACGUCGAAUCUCCAUUGGACCACUUGUCGUCGUGUAAAUUUCCGAGCCUCGAGUACUUGAAAUUCAACGGUUGCAAUGGACUCAAAGGAAUUCGGGUAUUCAUCGACGCGCCGAAAUUGGUCUAUUUUGAAUACACAGAAAAAUUCGUUCCGUCCAUCUAUAUCGCAACGGCUUCCGAAGAGUGGAAAUCGAGCGUGAACUUAUGGUACAAGCCUUCGAACGAUCCCCCUUCGUUGUUUUUCCCCAGGCUAAAAGAAUUGCUCGAGUCAUUAAGCCAAUCGAAAAUUUAUCUGAACCUUACUCGUGCCAUGCAUUAUAACAACGAGCCCUACGUAAUCCCGGAAAAUAUCCAGAAUGGUUGCGAUGGCGAUAAAUACGUUGCGGUGGAGAGCUUGAAUUUUUUUCUAUGUUUGCCUUCUUUUCGGUAUAUUUUGAAUGGUUUUUUUGGUAUUUGUCGGCCAAGAUACGUCGUCGGUGAGUCCCGAUACUGCGGCGAUUGGGACUGGAAAACGGGAGUUACCGAGUGUUUGUGGAAGAUUCUAAUUGUGGAGAGAGAAAGUCAAGAAGAAUGGUUCCGAGAUUUGGAGGAAGCGAGAUUGGAGAUUUGUGGUCUCUCUAAUAGAGACGAAUGGCGUUCGAUAACUUUUUCGGAAUUGUCGAAUUAUGACCAUAGUGAAUAUCAUACUCGCUAUGCUUUGAAAUGGAGAGGAAAUUAG